CUCGACUCUUUGAUGUCUAAUAACAACAGAUUGUUUAGUCAUAUUCUCCAAUUCGCCAUACAUAGCAAAAGUCCGUGAACGAAGAUCCUGCAUAGCGUUUAACAAUUCAACAGGUAAAAUGCCUUUGAGAGACUCCGCUUCACUUUCAUCAAUCGGAAUGGGUAUUUUAAGGUUCCGUCUUUGGUUAUAGAGCUUGCAAGACCGUGCAAUUAUAUCCAACAUGUAUCUACUCAUACCAUAACUCCUUUCAAAGCUUUCAUAAUGUUCGCUGUUGAGUUUUUCAUCAGUUUCCAUAUCGAACCACCAAGAUUGAUUAUCAUCACCGAGCAAUUGAGGAGUUUCACCUGUCGUUAGGCAAGCAAAUACUUCAUGAGCAGUUAAUUCUUCUAAGAAUGUCUUCCUAAUAAAUAAAGACUUUUUCGAUACGUUAUGCAUCAAACGAAGAUUCCUAUCUAAGCCAAGCAUAGCGGCUGGACCACCUAAAUUCCUCACUAAAGCCAAUGCAACGUUCAUACUUUGUCUCCAAUCGACACUGGCACUUAAAACAUCAUAUUUGAGCACAGCGAUGAAUGCUAAAAGUGACAUGUCAACGUCCUGAUUAUUGUGAGCAUCAUUCAAUAGUGGCAUCAUGACUUGUUUUAGCGCCAUACUUUUAAGGUGCUUCGACAAAUUGAGUUCUUGACUGGCCUCCAAACCUUGCUUUUGACGUAUGAAGUGCAUAUGAGUAGCUGAAAUGGCUAAAAUACCAUAUGUGAUAGCGGCUUGAUUUGAAUUUAAAACCAAAGGUAUUGACAAAGCUAGAAAAGGAUUCUUAGGUUCAUUUAUAGCGCAAAGUAACUUCUUAGAUUCGCUGAGGAAGUUGUGUAAUAAUUGACGGGAUUGAGGAUUGGCAUUGAUAAUGCUAUUCGAAUGUUGGAAACUGUCAUUAAUUAAAGGUGGCAAAGAGCUAGGGGAUGAAGUUGAUGUCGCUGGUGAUGGUCUAUUAUAGACAUAUUCAUUCUCUGUGUUUCCAUUGAGUAUGGGAGGUGAAGGAAAAAAAGGCGGAGGUGAUACAUAGUUAGCAUAUUCACUUGCGAACGCAGGAGGAGAAUUCGUUCCUACCAAGUUACCUGUGAGACGUUAGUAAAACUUUCUAACCGACGCCUACCCCACUCACUGUUGAAGGAGCUAAAAGGGACAGAGACGGUAGACAUAGUACUGGUGUUCAUCAUAGCUGGGUCUAAUUGAGGAGGGAGCAUCCUUGAAGUAGCUGGAUCAAAGAAGGAAGUUGGAGGAAGAGCUGAUGACCCUGAAGGUAAGACAGACAUAGCCGAGCUGGUUGAAGGUACCGGUAAAGUGUUCUGAGUGAUUGGUUGAACUGAUGGGAGAUGAUGUUGGGAUGAAGAGUCGUAAAUAGCCGGUAGAGCUAACUCUUCAGAUUCUACUUUAACGUCUGGGGCAGAUUGGAUGAGCUGAGCAAGCAAUUUGCUGCCAAGAAGGGCUUGAAGACGUUUUAGAGAAAGUUCAGGGUCAGCGAAAGGAUCAAUGUAGGUUGUUUGAUAGUUCUGCUUCGUGCGCUCUGUAUGGCUUGAUGUCUCGGGUGGCUCCACCGAGCGAGCAGAAGUCGAAGGACUAGAUACUUUCCUACGCUUGUUAUUCUGAGUUUCAUUUGGAUUAGGGUAAGUGCAUUCUCGACCGAGACUUGUGCACUUUAAGCAAACAGGGGUCAUCAUAUCGCAUUUGACCUUUCGCUUGCGGCAGGUAAGACAGCCAUCCCUUGAGCGCUUAAACUUGGGUCUUUGAGAUUUAUUAGAUGCAGUAUUAGCGGACUCGCUUGGCAACCUGUCAUUCUGAGUGAUUAUUUCUGUAAGCGAAGAUUUAGUUAGUAAGCGAAUAGAAGAAGGAAUAAGCGAAAUAAGCUCACCACUAAGUCGGGGUAGUGAAUCUUGUACAGCUGGAUGAGUAGAUCCCAUUAGAUUGAUCAUAUUUUGCACUGGAUGCGAAUUAGCAUCAGAGGACAUUAUAGUGGAGUGAGUUGAAGGAAAGAGGAUACCAAAAAAGUCUAUGAAAAUAGCUAUAUAGAAUCUGCUAUAGAAUUUAUAACUAUUCUUUCUCUAGUCUGCCCCUUUCUUAUCAAUUUACGGCCAGAAUGUCGGACGGAUACUGGCUGGACAGUAUAGAUAGCAAAGGAUUAGAAGGCCAGGCGCUGUUUGAACAUAGAAGGAAAUUAUGGACUCAGCCUACGAAAAAGACAGAGGGUAGAUUACAAGAGAGAAGAGAUAAUCCUGGAUUUAGAAAGCUUAUAGAGCUGAUUGAUAGCGCAAAAGAUAGAGAGAACUUCACGGAUAUUUGGGACAAGGGAAUUAGGAACAUAUACAAUAACCUAGUCCAGGGACAGAGAUUAUCGCAGCCUCUACCGUUGGAGAUAAUAGUACAAGUCGUAUGCAAAGCUGCCUGGGUUGAACUCGGUAUUUGGCCCUUGGACUACGUGAAAACACCAGAUCCAGCACCAAUUGUACCGCGAGCGUUUAUGAAUAUAAAUUAGUUAGGGGAUAUUAAUAUAACACCAUCUCCUCUGAUAUACAACAUUGGCAUAGAUCUCUUCACAAACCUCGUCGUUGACUCUAAAGUGGUAGAAUCUACGUCUACGACGGUGACGAACUCGUCUACAUUUCCUAAUAUCAAGUUCAUGUGUGAAUCGUAUGCGUGUAAUACACCGAUCAGCUCCCUAUCACCUCUCAAUUUAACCUUGAUUUGUUCAUUCAAACUCAGCCUGACGAGGUCUAACGGUUCUUUAAUAGCUUCUGUCAUCGACGUCCUAUUGAUAGAAUGACAAAACAGAAAUUCUAUUGCGAUUAUUGCGAUGUUUUCCUUACACACAAUUCAGCUGCAGUUAGAAAAGCUCACAAUUCUGGUAGAAACCAUCUAAUAAACGUAAAAGAUUACUAUGCUUCCCUCGGUCACGACAAAGCACAAUUCAUCAUCGACGAAAUCUGCAGGAUACAUGAAUCUGGAUUAGCUAGACCACCACCAACGCUUAACAAAUUCAAUGGUCCAGCUGGUUUAACUGCACCUCCAAUGAUGCGUCCACCACCUCCAGGUCAGUAUUUAUAUUGGUAUACUAGCAAAUCUUUCUAAUUAACUACUACAGGUGCUCCUCCAGGUGUUAGACCAGCAUUCCCAGGAAUGCGUCCACCAUUUAGACCGCCUCCACCACAAUUCAGACCACCACCACCACCAAGACCGCAAUAGAUAUGUACUAUAGUCUUAUUAAUGUAUUUAUUAUCAACUAUUAACUUCUUCUUUCUUAACUACCAAUGCAAUCUGACGAAAUUGAUAGCAUUCUCCGCUGGAUUGAUAGUGAGGACAGGGAUGCUUUAAUAAAUAACCCUUUAGAUUUCUUAAGAAAGAAUCUGUACACUUUACCACCAAAUUUACUCAUUUACUUUGAAUCUAUUACAACACCUAAAGAACGAUCACAAAUUGCCAUUAUAAAGAAACGUAGAAUAAACUUCGCUAAAUCUUCAACUGAUACAUUCAAGUCAGACGCUGGUAGAUUUAGAGAUCCAUCCAAUUUUGAAUUAUCUGUAGAACGUAAUGAGAAAGGUCAUCAUCCGAGUUUUCAAUAUGCUCAAGAUGCAGGUCAAAGUGAAUCUAAAUGGUUAGAGAAUGAAUCUAUGAUGUCUAAUAACACAAAAUUAAAUAAAUUAGGUUCACUCUUAUCCGAAUAUGAAUCUGAGAGGGAUAGUCGAUCAUAUACGCAAUCUAAAUUAUCAGCAAUUAAAAAUGAUAAUUCUAAUAUACUUGGUAAAUCAAUAAUUGAUGGUAAAGAAGCAUUUGAAAGAAUUUUAUUAGAAAAUUGGAUUGAUGGUGUUGACGAUAAGCUAGACUAUUCCAUAGAUUUUGACGAUAAAUGGGACACAUAUACGACAACUAACCCAAGCGAGUUAGAUGAAGACAUUGAUCAGUCAAAUUACUUCCAAGAUAGUGAUUAAAAUGUUG